AGGCGGGCCGGGGGGAGGGGAGGGGGAGGGUUAUCAGACUACUUGUUGACUUCUAUAUACGCUGAAGGCUGAUUGAUAUGCUUGAUUCUCCGACUGACCAAUCAAAGCCCGACUUACCGGUCUAUUUACGACAUACUUCUUAUCCAUGCCGAAUCGUAUCCACAAAGGAUAUGAUGGAGAGAUGAUGGGAUGGGGGGACUACGGCUAUGCAGCCAGCAUCCUACAUGCGUUAUGCACUUUGUACUCCUUUUGUCUCUUUGAACUUCUUUCGCAACGACCUUCCCUUUUGCGCUUAGUUGACGGCCGCCAGAUUGUUUAUAAAAAGGCCGUACGAGAGAUAGAUAUCUAGAAUCAGAGUUCUUCCUCUAUUCACUCUGAAUAGUGCCU